CUCGAUUAUAAAAGAAUGAGGGCAAGAUGUCGGACUUUAGGGAGGGAUAUCCUCUUGGUUGUCCUUGGAUUUGUUUCUUGCCUCGUCUUAAUACACAGCUUUUAUGCUGUCAAGAAUUCUGAUUGUGCUCCUCAAAAAGUGGUCAGGGAGUCUUCACACGAAUCUGUAGACGUUUCAAAGGAAAAUAAAGAACCUCUAAAAGAAGAUUUGUCACCGACUGUGAAAGCAACAAUUGGUACCACACAAGAACCUGUUAGGCUUAGUACUGCUUCUAUUUCUAAGAAGGUAAAAAGGCCAAAAUAUGUAAAAGAUGAAUUUCAUUUACGGGAUCCUAUAUUUGUUGGUGUUGUAACUGCUGUUGACUUUCUUGACUCGAGAGCUAUGGCAGUGAAUAAUACGUGGGCCAAGAAUGCACCAAAAGUUGAAUAUUUUGCUGCGUUAGAACCUGGCAAAACUCAUUCCUUACCUGUCAUUAGUUUGCCUGGAGUUGAUGACACUUAUCCACCACAAAAGAAAGUUUACCGCAUGCUACGCUACAUGCAUGACAAUUACAUUGAUAAAUACAAUUGGUUCAUGAGAGCAGAUGAUGAUGCAUAUGUCAGGAUUCCUAGAUUAAUUGAAUUCUUAUCACAGUUUGAUCCAUCAGCUGAACUCUAUAUUGGAUCACCUGGUUUUGGAAGAGAGAAUGACCUUGAACGGAUUAAGCUAUUUCAACAUGAGCAUUAUUGUAUGGGUGGACCAGGAGUUAUUUUUAGUCGUGGACUGUUAAUUAAACUUGUACCACAUCUUGAGGAAUGUUUAAAGAAUGUUGUUGUGUCAUGGAAUGAAGAUCUAGAAGUUGGCAGGUGCAUUAGUCGACGACUUAAUAUUCAAUGCACAUGGGCACAUGAGAUGAGAAAUCUUUUUUAUAUGGAUUAUACAAAAGGUGCUGUGUUUAAGAAUCCUGCUAUCUAUAGGGACAAGACGUUUGCUUCACUUCUCACUAUACAUCCAUUUAAAUCUACUGACAUGAUGUAUCGUAUACAUCAGUUCUUUUUAGAGUUGGAACUUAAGAAACUUGACAAAGAAAGGAAACAAAUUUCUAAAGAUUUAGAGAAUGUUCAAAGAGUAACGGAGCGAAAAAAAGCAUUUCCAUAACAAUUUCAUUACCUUUAUACAUUUUUAUCUCUGUUCUUUAUUAGAUUUAUUAUUUAAACGAUCAUAGUUAUUAUGAUGAA